UCUUUUCAGUGUAUCUUCUCCUCCACACAAAUUUUAUCAAAACUAAUACUUUGCUGCAAAGGGAAACAUUAUAGUCUUACAAUCAAUGUUGCAUCUGCUCACUACUCCAAACAUAUUUGUUUUUUCUGCCUAACCCUUCUCUCUUUAUCUUCUCCUCCACACAAAUGUUAUCAAGUUAAUAUAGUCAUACACAAAAACAAAGGGCAUCCAUCUCAGGUUUUUCAUCAACUAAAAAGAUCCGAAGGAUUUGACUAACUAGAAAGACACAUACCAUCAUGGAAAAACAAAGAGAAAUAGAGAAAGGGAAAGCAAACAAUUUUGUGGUGUCAUUUCAUGCUCUACGCAAGGACGUUAUCAACAUUUUGGAUUUCAUGGAGAGGUUAAAGAAUGAAGAAGGUCAAAAUGCUGUCGACAUAGCCGAUCAAAUUGAAAAGCUGAAAUUGGUUCUGGCAUAUAUUUGUACAUACGUCCAGCUUUCUCAUUGUGAUUUGGAGAAGUUUGAAGAUAAAAUGAGUGCUGCAAGACAAUGGGUUGACAAUCUGCUUCGACCAAUUUUGGAUGAUGUUGACAGCAACGUCCGGUGUAAACACAACAUGGAUCAUGUCCUUCCUAGCCUCAUGGAUAAUAUUGAUGAGUGUAUCAGUUCGUGUCAUCAUUCUGAUCAUGUCCUUCCUAGCCUCAUGGAUAAUAUCUAUGAAUGUAUCAGUUCGUGUUAUCAUUCUACAUCAAGUGCCAUGAUGACUGACGAGCAGUUGAACUUCCUUUUCCAUAAUCAUUAUCAUAGAUGCAAGUAUCGUGCUGAACAGGUUUAUCCGUUAGAGACUCAGUAUGAGAUUCUUCAGAAAGUGUGUGGCAACAUGAAAGAUUUCCAUUGGUUGAUAGUGAAUGGUUGCGUUGAGCACGAGAUUGUUCAAUAUGUCUUGCCUCAGUUUCAACUCAUGGCUGAGAGAGUUGGAAUCUUCUUUUGGAAUAGUCAAACUUAUAGAGAUUCUCGACUCUUCAAGCUAGCAUUUCUACUCAUGAAGAUUAUUCCAAUUGAACUGGAGGUGAUGCAAAUAUGUUAUACAAAUUUGAAAGCUUCAACUUCAGCAGAAGUUGGACGCUUCAUUAAGCAGCUCCUAGAAACCUCUCCAGAUAUUCUUAGAGAAUAUCUGAUUCAUCUACAAGAGCACAUGGUAAAUGUCAUUGCCGCUACAACUCCAGGGUCUCGAAACAUUCAUGUCAUGAUAGAAUUCCUAUUAAUUGUUCUUACUGAUAUGCCGAAGGACCUUAUUCAUCAUGACAAAUUAUUUGAUCUUUUGGCACGUGUUGGAGCACUUAUCAGGGAGGUAUCAACUCUCGUUCAUGACUUAGAAGAAAAAUCAAGAAAUGAAGAGAGUAGCGAUGAAACAAGUCGUACAUCUCUAGACUUUCUGAAAAGUAUUGAACUCCUCAAGGAAGAUCUCAAAUAUGUUUAUAUGAAAGCCCCCGACCCAUGUCAAUGGUGCUUUCCCAUGAGUGAUGGACCUCUCUUUAUGCAUCUGCUACACAUACACUUAAAUGAUUUGCUGGAUUCCAAUGCUUAUUCAGUUUCUUUAAUAAAGGAAGAAAUUGAGUUGGUGAAAGAAUACCUAGAAUUCAUAAGAUCGUUCUUCGUGAAUGUUGAGCAAAAAUUGUAUAAAGAUCUAUGGGCACGUGUUUUAGAUAUGGCAUAUGAGGCUAAAGAUGUCAUUGAUUCAAUUAUCGUAAGAGAUAAUGGUCUCUUACAUAUUAUUUUCUCACUUCCCAUCACCCUAAAAAAGAUCAGGUUUAUCAAAGAAGAUGUUCAAUUACCGAAGAAGAUUCCCAAGAACAAGAGCCUCAUUAUUGUAAACUCUCCCAAGAAUCCAGUUGAAAGAAAAUCAUUGACAACUGGUAAAAUAAUUGUUGGUUUUAAGGAGGAGACAAACUGGUUGAUUUGUAAGCUCACCAGUGGACCGAAAGAUCUAGAUGUCAUUUCAAUCACUGGUAUGCCAGGUUCGGGCAAAACAACUUUGGCGAACAAAGUAUACCAUGAUAAGUCAGUAGCUAGACGUUUCGAAAUUCGUGCAUGGUGCACAGUUGGCCAAGAAUACGACAAAAGAAAUUUGUUGGAGAAAGUUUAUAAUCAAGUAACUAGCCCAGAUUCAAAAUUGAGUGAGAAUAUUGAUGUUGCCGAUAAACUACGGAAACAACUGUAUGGAAAGAGGUACCUCAUUGUGUUAGAUGAUGUGUGGGAAACUGAUACAUGGGAUAAGUUAAAAAGACCUUUUCCUCUAGUUGAGAAUGGAAGUAGAAUUAUUUUGACCACUCGAGAAAUGGAAGUGGCUUUGCAUGGAAAGCGCAACACUGAUCCUCUUAAGCUUCGGUUGCUAAAAUCAGAAGAAAGUUGGGAGUUAUUAGAGAAAAGGGCAUUUGGAGAAAAUAGUUUCCCUGAUGAACUAUUGGAUGUUGGAAAAGAAAUUAACCAAAAUUGUAAGGGACUUCCUCUGGUGGCUGAUCUGAUUGCUGGAGUCAUUGCAGGGAGGGAAAAGAAAAAGUCUGUGUGGCUUGAUGUUCGAAAUAAUUUGAAUUCCUUUAUUUUCGGCGGUGAAGUUGAUGUGAUGAAGGUUAUAGAAUUAAGUUAUGAACAUUUAGCUCAUCAACUGAAGCCAUGCUUACUUUACUUUGCAAGAUAUCCGAAGGACAGAGAAAUGUACAGAACUAGGUUGAAAAUGUUAUGGCGUGCUGAAGGGCUUGUUGAACAGACAAAGAUGAUGAGUGUCGAAGAAGUGAUGGAAAUUUAUUUGGAUAAUUUAAUUUCCAGUAGCUUGGUAAUUUCUUUCAAUGAGAUAGGUGAUUACCCGACUUGCCAACUACAUGAUCUUGUGCACGACUUUUGUUUGGUAAAAGCAAAAGAGCAAAAGUUGUUUGGCAGGAUAAGUUCAAGUCAUCCAUCUUCUUCUUCAGAUUUGGUGCCACGCAUAGUGACCAUGGUUUAUGAUAAGGAGCACUUUGGGCCUAACAAUUUCAUCCUGUUUAAUUCAAAAAUGAAAAGACAUUCUGCUAAACACCUCUAUUCUUUGAAGAUAACCAAAGACGAGAUGGAAGAUGGUCUUUCUGAUGCAUGUCACCUAAGAGACUUGAGGCUUCUUAGAGUGUUGAUCCUGUAUCCAUCCUUUAUGAUGGUGAAAGAUACUUUGCUGAAUGAAAUAUGCAUGUUGAAUCAUUUGAGGUUCUUAAGAAUUGGGACAAAUGUUAAAUCUCUGCCUUCAUCUUUCUCAAACCUUUGGAAUCUAGAAACCCUAUUGGUUGAUAACAAAGGAUCAGCCUUGGUACUAUUACCAAGCAUUUGGAAUCUUGUAAAGUUACAAGUGCUGUCCAUGGAUGUUGGUUCUUUCUUUGAUAUCGAUACAGAUGAACCAAUAUUAAUAGUAGGGGACUCAAAGUUAGAGAACUUGAGAGUAUUAGGGAAACUCAUGCUUUCUUGUUCGAAAGAUACAGAAAAUAUUUUCAUAAGUUUCCCCAAAGUUCAAAGGCUUGAAUUUAGACUGAAAGAAUCAUGGGAGUGUUUAACAGAGCGAUAUUGGUUCCCAAAAUUGGAUUUCCUUCAUGAACUAGAACUCCUCAAAGUAGAUUUUAAAAGUUCAAACACAAAUGAUAGUGGGCACUCAUUAACAACAAAUUGGUUGUGGGAUUUUCAUUUCCCUUCCAAUUUGAAAAAAUUGGGGUUGUCUGACUUUCCUCUGGCAUCCGAUUCACUAUCAACAAUAGCGAGACUGCCCAACCUUGAAGAUCUGGGCCUUCUUAGAACAAUCAUGCAGGGGGGAGAAUGGAACAUGAGGGAGGAAGACACCUUUGAGAAUCUCAAAUAUUUGUGUUUGGAAGAAGUAACUCUUGCUAAGUGGGAGUUUGGAGACGAAUCCUUUCCCAUGCUUAAGAAAUUGGCAUUGUGGAGAUGUCGUAAGCUUAUAGAGAUUCCGCCUAAUUUUGGGGAUAUUGGUUCAUUGAAAAUUAUCCAACUUGUAGAGAGCCCUCAACUUGAAGAUUCAUCUCUGAAGAUUAAACAAUAUGUUGAAGAUAUGACGGGAUGGGAUGCACUUAAGGUUGAAAUAUUUUGAGCACCAACAAAACAGGUUUUGAACAUCUGUAAAUAGAAGACCCUCUCAAUUUCGAACCCAACACCCUCAGCUCCUCCUCCAUGCCGCUGCUAUGCGUUGCACUGCGACUCUUCUGCCACCAAGCGCCGGCGACUUCAACUGUACUGAUGUCAUUGAGAAAUUCCAAUGCAACAAGUGGGAUCUCUGCCUACAAGGAGUUAUAAUUGUCAUCCAUUGAGAAGCGUUUGGUGUUGAAGGCUGAAGUAUUUAAUGAUCAAAAUGUUUAGAUUCUUGUGAAACUGAAGGUUUUGACGGGGAUGAAGAACCUUUUGUCCGGAAUUAUUCAAGUGUGGGUAUAGAUGAAUUUAUGUGGCACCUUUAAGUUCAUUAACUUUGGUUGACAAACUCGAAUAAAUAACUUAAUGAGGUGAUGUUUAAGCAGUCACCAGAUUGUGGCCCCAAUUUUAAGGUGGCAAGCACAUACUACAAGGAGGGCGAUAUCAACAAGUCUGUCUCCUUCAGAAACUUGAUGCAUAUGGAAGAUACGGAUGAGGAUACCAAAUCUGUUGCUUGGAAUAAUUAAAGAGCAGCGCGGAUACAUCACCCGAGCAUCUGCCUAGACCAUCAAAGAAGAAUCUACCAGCCGUUUUACUUUUGUAUUUUUGUACAUUUUUCAAGAAAUACCAUCAGCCAUUUGUGAUAACUCUUCAGGUGAUCAACACGUUGAUGAAAGAAAAGAAUUUUAACGAUGAGCA